CUUCAACUACUCCAUUCUCUCUCUUAUUUAUAAUUCUCUCAAUCCUCUCUCUAACUUAGGCAUCAGAGGAGGUCCCAGGAACCCCCUGAGGACCUUUCUUGUAGGUUUCGAAGACCGCUCGCCGCCAUUGGAAACCGCCCGAGCCCGUGGAGCUUCACCUAACCGCUUGGUACCAAGCACAAACAUCCAUCAACCCGGAUAAAAUUCGUAUUAACCGGGUUGAGUCGAGUAGGAUAACCGUGGGUUCGGAUUUUGUUUCUAUCCUUAUUGUUGCCUCAUCGAAAGGGUUUAGCGGGGUGAUUGAGCACAAGAAAGAGCAAUUUUCCAAUUUGUUUUCUUUUACCUUUUUUUUCCAUUCUUUCUUCUUUCUGCGGUUGCUUCAUCUUCACAUCUUCUCCACUCUACCUUUUCCCUUUCCUCCUUUUGUUUCACGGCGUUCUUUGAUUUCUAAUUUCUAUAGUUAGCAGCGAAUUGUCUGAUCGAUUUCUCUGUCUCUCUCCGCCGCGACAUGAUCGACUUCGCUCGAGUUCAAAAGGAGCUCCAGGAAUGUACUAGAGACAUCGAAGCCUCCGGCAUCAAAGUUUCCCCUAAAUCCGACAGUCUCGCUCGCCUCACCGGCACAAUCCCUGGCCCUAUUGGCACUCCUUACGAAGGCGGCUCUUUCGAAAUUGACAUCUCCCUUCCAGAUGGCUACCCAUUCGAGCCUCCCAAAAUGAAGUUCGUUACCAAAGUCUGGCACCCAAAUAUUAGCAGUCAGAGUGGAGCUAUUUGCCUAGACAUCUUGAAAGAUCAAUGGAGUCCAGCUCUAACUUUAAUGACAGCUCUGCUUUCAGUCCAAGCACUGCUCUCUUCUCCUGAACCUGAUGACCCUCAAGAUGCAGUUGUAGCACAGCAGUAUCUCAAGGAAUACCAGACCUUUGUUGGCACAGCUCACUACUGGACUGAAACUUUUGCUAAGGCCUCCUCACUUGGAGUUGAAGAAAAGGUGCAGAAACUUGUUGAAAUGGGAUUCCCAGAAGCAUUGGUGAGGAGUACACUGGAUGCUGUUGGUGGGGACGAGAACUUGGCUCUGGAAAGGCUUUGCUCUUGAAGACCAAGCUUGCAUAUCAUGGGUUGUCAACUUUUAAGUUAUCACCAUAUAUCUGGGUACGAAUAUCAUGUAUAUAUCUCUUAGUUUACUUUUGAAUCGUGAAAAGUUCGCAACCCUUUUGUGAUGGUCCAUCCAUUUAUUGGCAACUUUCUGCAAGUAAAGAUUGCCUGAACCAAUUGCGUUUCUCUACCAGUUCUCAGAAUGAAUGAAUGAAUGUGCUCGCAUCGUAUUUACUCUGGAUUCUGUUCCGCUAUGUCAUUAUCCAUUGAUCAGUUUGUAUCUACACGGUAGUUUCCCCAAAUUAUCUGUAGUAACCAGGCGGGGCUUUCGCUUUUCAUGGAGCCAGUAGAGCCGUGCAAGUCCAAUAUUUGAAAUAAUGCUCUUGGUAGUAGCUUAUCAUUGCGUAGAUUAUCGCGGCAUGGGAAAGUUGUUGAUGGUCAAAUCUAGUCAUCUCUAUUAGAUACUUUAAUGGCGUUAUUAACACAGUCAAUUUAGCUAACAACAAGCUGAUUAGGCGCCAAUUAAGUAGACAUGUAAGCGCCAACUGGGCUAAAAAUGACACGUGUGAAAUUAAAAAUAAUUUAAAAUAUACCCCACCCCACAUAUACCCCUUCUACCUUUCACGAAUGCGAGCUAUCCCUCUUUCCCGAAUUCGCUUUUAAGGUUCGCCACAUCCUGGCGAUUAAAGCUCCUUCCGGCGAUUGAAGCUUCACCCGACGAUUGAAGCUCCACCCGGCGACCGAAGAUUCCGGCUUCACGAGUAUGGUCGAUCGAGUACCCAGUUUGACGAGCUCUGGCGAUUGGCGUACCAGAAUCACGACAAAAGCUAUUUGCGAUCCAGCCUGCCUUUUGUCUUAGGCGAUUAGCUUCUUGGGUGAUUCUCCUCACCGCCCAGGAAUUCAAUCGACGUCCCGCCAUAUCGAAGUGAGGUUCUUCUUCAACUUCCACAAACAUCAACAGUCGUGGAGUGGUAGUUUGCAAGCACAAGGUGCCCUGUGUGGUCAAUACCUCUGGUAUGGACAUGAACCCAGGCAGGCAGUUCUAUGGGUACCCAUAUUGGAUGGUAAUGUAACCGGCAUAUGGUUUUAUAGCUUUGUGGUUGCCAUUGAUGUGUGUGUUUGUUAAGUAUAUGCUUCUUAUGGUGCAGAACGAGGAAAAAAACUGUGGUUUCUUUAGGUGGGUACAUGGGAUGGUCGAUGAAGUGGAAGAACAACACUCUACAAUUGGAAGUUCUCAGCUGAAGCUCGAAGAAAGAUUGCGGGUAGCUGAGUCGAAAGCGGAAAGGAGGUAGAAGGAGAAGAAAUUUUUGGUUGAAGAGUUGUCAAGUUGGAUGAAGACUCAAGAAGUUAUGGUAGUUGAAGGAAGGAGAGUGGCUAAUGACGUCCGUCUCAUCCGAUAUCAGUUGACAGUUGUUGUUGUACUGAACUUCUUAUUGCUUGUUAUUCUGUGCCAACACUAGUUUGUUAUAGGGCUGACAAACGGUAAUACGGUAACCGGUUUACCGUUUUUGACAAACGGUAAUACGGUAACCGGUUUACCGUUUUACCGAACCGGUAACGGUCGGUAAACGGUAAACCGGUUACCGUCGGUAUCGGUAUUCGGUGGCGACGGUGAGGAUCCAAUUUACCGGAUACGGGGUCGGUAUUUACCGUCGGUAAAUCGGUAAAUACCGAAUAAGGAAGGUGGAGCAGAAGUGGGCAAAUAUGAGAAAAACUAGUGAACCUACUACCACCAAUUUGAAUUACAAACAGAGGAACAGAAGCAAAAAGAAGAAGCAGGAGUAGUCCUAUCUGGAACUACUUCAAAAUAGUAGGGUAUAAACAAAGACAACUUGAGGCGAGGAAACUGCGAGAAUAACUAUCUUAUAUGAUCUUGAACAUUCACAUUACAGCUGAAAUAGUAGGGAAUAGAUUCGAGAAUGAAACAAACGAAUGGGCAGAGGCAAAGUAAUUACCAAACCCGUAGAUCAUAGGCUACUGAUGAUAUCAUAGGCUACUGAUGGUGUUGCUAUAUCCAGCAUAGUGUAUUUUCUGCAGGUAAUUCUCCAUUCUUUAGAAGGAUCCAAUCACCAAAUUUGUUCCCCCUUGCGGUAAUUCGGUAAACCGGUUUGUAACCGGUUUACCGGUAAUUCGGUAAUCGGUAAACCGGUUACAAACUGGUAUCGGUAACGGUAAACAGUUUUGGCCAGUUCGGUAUACCGAAACCGGUAAAUUCGGUAACCAAUUUACCGUUUACCGACCGAUUCCCACCCCUAGUUUGUUAUGUAGAAGUAGUUGACGUUGUAGUAGGCUUGCUUCCAAUUGAAAUGUGAACGAUGAAUCUGUUAUGAAAUGUGAAAGAUCGGUCUGUUAUGUAGAAGUUAUAGUUGCAAAGCAGCAAUUGACCCGAAAUUGAGAUAGCAACGCACCAAUUGACUUUACACGAAUACUGACAUAAUAUGCAUAUAUGGCAGAAGCCUAAUAUUUUCAUUACAAGCUAGUUGUUCAUUACAUAAGAUAUCAGAAGCCUAUCAGAAUAGACAACACAUUGAAAC